GGGCACCGUGGUCUCCUCCAUCUGCACCGCCUGGACCACAGGAAGGAGACGCCAUGACCCCCAGACUCACGGCCCUGCUCUGCCUCGGGCUGAGUGUGGGCCUGAGGACCCAGAUGCAGGCAGGAACCCUCCCCAAAACCACCAUCUGGGCUGAGCCAGGCUCUGUGAUCCCCUGGGGGAGCCCCGUGACCAUCUGGUGUCAGGGGACCCGGGGGACCCAAGUGUUCCAUUUGUAUAAAGAGGGAAGCUCACCUCCCUGGGACAGACAGCCCUCACUGGAGCCCGGGGACAAGGGAAAGUUCUCCAUCCCACACAUGACACAGGACUACGCAGGGAGAUAUCACUGUUACUACCUCAGCCCAACUGGCUGGUCAGAGAGCAGUGGCCCCCUGGAGAUGGUGGUGACAGGGGCCCACAGCAAACCCACCCUCUCAGCCCUGCCGAGCCCUGUGGUGACCUCGGGAGGGACCGUGACCCUCCAGUGUGGCUCAUGGCAGCGACUGGACAGGUUCAUUCUGACUAAGGAAGGAGAACCCAAGUCCUCCUGGAACCUGGAUGCACAGCGAGGCCCCCGUGGGCAGACCCAGGCCCUGCUCCCCAUGGGUCGCGUGACCCCCAGCCACAGGUGGAUGUUCAGAUGCCACGGCUUUUACAGGGACACCCCCCAGGUGUGGUCGGCCCCCAGUGACCCCCUGGACAUCCUGGUGGCAGGUGAGGAGCCAGCGGGUCAGUCAGGGACCCAGACUCUGCACAGGCCCUGCCGG